AUGAAUGUACUGAUAGAUUGUAAUAUCAUUUGGUUAGACGAUAGAGAUAUCAAUGACAAAGAUUUAGCUCUUAAUAUUCAGCAUUAUGUUAUGUUUUCUCUCCAUAUAUUUACUAAAUUGGCUGUAUGUUCAUCUUUCAUUCUUCAUUAUACAUCUGAAUCUCGCCUUCUUCUUAUUGUCAUACCAGAUCGUUAUGUUGAUCGACUCUUAAAAGAAGCUCUUAUGUUUCUAUCUUCUCAGAUCACUGUCUUUAUCUAUGUUCUUGGUGAUAAAUGGUUAUUUCGUUGGAAAGCAGACACUCGUAUUCGAGAUAUUUUCCAUAUAGAUGAAGAACAAAGAGUGUUUGAGAAGUUGCAAGAUGAUUUACAAAAACAUUUAAUUCAACGUUGGCCGUCUGGAUAUUGUGUUUUUCGUCAUGACACACAACAAAUUGCACUUGAUAAAUUGAAUAAUGAAAAUGCUAAAUUUAUGUGCUUUCAACUACUUAUUCAAGUGCUUCUUCGAAUGCCUUCAACAGCAAGAACCGUAUUAGCAUGCUAUGAACAAGCGAUUUUUCAUUGUAAACAAGCUUUACUUCCACAACGACAUCCCUUGUGGGUUCUAGUUUAUACAAGUUCUGCUCGUGAGUACGCUCUGAUAGCUGAGUACGAUCGAGCAUUAGUAGAAUAUGAACAUGCUUUACAAUAUAUUACUGAUGAAUCGCUGGAAAUACCACGAAUUUAUAAGAGCAUAGAUCUGUGUCGAAGACAAAUAAUCGAAAUCGACGUUCAUCAAACAAUAACACUUAUGCUAGAUGAAUUGGCUAUUCUACCGUGA